AUGAAGCCUUUCCACCUCGUUAUGCUACUCUAUCUCCUCGUUCCUUCCAGCUGUUUGCCCAAACGCAAAGAUCAAGCCAGCCUUCAAUGGUCGAUAUGCGAUACAGAUCCGGAAGCUGUAUUGGCCAAGUUAGGCCAUGUAGCCCGCGACCCUGACAAACUCGACCCGAUUACCUACUACGAUGCCUAUCCCCCACGGUAUACGCCCAACGGACUCAUGUUUCGGACCAAGGUUCGCGGUGGCCAGGAGAUCUCGGUCGUGAAGGUGCAGUUGGCAACAGAGGAAGGGAAACCACGUGUGCCCGACCACGCCGAACUGUGUCGGUGGGAUCAUUAUGGCGAUGACAUUACCUUUGUAUGCAAGCGACAAGCUCCUGUUAACGGAACCCACCUCUGGAGUGCGGAGCAAAGGCAGUUCGCGGAGGAGAUUCAGAACGACGUUGCCUGGGAGAAUCUCGUUGGCUACGGGCUGUAUUCAAAUCCCAAGUGGAAAAAACUGCGCAUUGAAGGAUACGAGGCUGUGUUGGACGAUGUGACUGUCCAGUCCCUGCACCUCAUGGAGCUGGAAGUCAAGGUACAUCGGGCAGAAGAGGAUAGGGUCUAUCAGUCCAUCACGGACCAUCUCAGCGCACGGGGAGUGGUGUUAUGUGCCCGGCAGGAGUCCAAGACCAUGCGGUUGUUUCGUGCUAUGGGCCAUCUCGCAACGCCGGACGAGUUAUAG